AUGACAAAGCUUACUGUAGCUUUCUUGUUUAUCAUAGUAACUACUGUGGUAGCUCCACCACCCCCAGAAGAACUACUACUGAAACGAAAGCAUCUGAUAUGUAACUCUUGCAAAGCCGUUUUCAAUGAAUACAAGAACUACAUUGAGAAAAUUGGUGACGUUACUGAAGAUGACAUUAUAGAGGAUCUUGAUGUAAGAUAUUAAGUUUUUUUUUUUGGUUUUUCAAGCAAAGCAAGGAUAGUACGUGCUUAAAGAGUUGGCCAAUGCACAGUUUGACUAAGCAAGAAAGAAAUAGAGAUAGAGCCUGAGCCAGGGCCUAAGCCCGAGCCUGAGCCUGAGCCUGAAACUAAGCCUAAAUCAAAGCUUGAGCCUGAGGUUGAGCCUGAGCUUGAGCCUGAGCCUGAGCUUGAGUCUGAGACUGAGCCUAAGCCAGAGCCAAAGACAGAACCAGAACCAGAGCCAAGGCCAAAGACAAAACCAGAACUAGAACUAGAGCCUAUGCCUAAGCUUAGAGCCUAG